AUGGAAACACUGAGACCAAAAACUGCCGAAGCAAUCAUUAGAAAUCUCCUGCUGAAGUUGAUCGUGGUCGUGGCUACAGCAUGGUUCACCGUCGCCAUGUUGGUGUUCCGGGGUUCCGGUUCGGUCGAUCGUCCAAUAGCUGAACCCUUGCAGCAGGAGCAAAGGCAUUUGGACCGAAACGAGAUUGGCGAUGGACGCGAACCGGUGAUAAAACGUAACCAAGACCUCGCUGACGAUGAAGCUGGUCCAGUGAUGCCAUUCAAAAUGGACGAAACAACUACUGCUAGAGUAAGACCGGUGAGAAACGAGGUUGAUGUGCUGGCACCACCGCAAGAACUGCCCGGUGAAAUGGGAAAAGCGGUGGUGUUACCUACAAAUUUGAGUGCGGACGUCAAAAAAAUGGUGGAUGAUGGAUGGCUCAAAAAUGCAUUCAAUCAAUAUGCUAGUGAUAUGAUUAGUGUCCAUAGGACGUUGCCUGAUGCCAGAGACGAAUGGUAA